CACAUCGUAAAAGGGAAAGGUCUAUGGAUUGCAUGUGGCCUAUGUGGUGGUUCGUGGAGUUUAAAGUUGUAAACAUAACCUUAACUUGUAGAAUUGGAAUAUAAACUUAUUUUUUCUUGUGUUAUGAUUUAUUUUUGAUAAAAAAUUAUAAAAUGUCUGUUUCUACAACUCCAAAAUCACUUCCUCAAAAGAAGUACUAUAGACAAAGAGCUCAUUCAAAUCCUAUUGCUGAUCAUUGUUUUGAAUACCCUGUGUCCCCUGAUAGAAUGGACUGGUCUACUCUCUAUCCACAGUAUGUGAACACGGCAGAUCAAGGCAUGGUCAAGAAAGUUGAAUUUGCUGAUGUAGGAUGUGGUUAUGGCGGUCUUUUAGUAACUCUGUCUCCGAUGUUUCCGGAUACACUGAUGUUGGGUAUGGAGAUCAGGGUGAAGGUAUCAGACUAUGUGAUGGACCGUAUCGCUGCCCUGAGAUCGCAACACGAGGGGCAGUACCAGAAUAUUGCUUGUGUUCGCACAAACGCAAUGAAGUACCUGCCCAAUUAUUUUCACAAAGGACAGUUGAAGAAAAUGUUUUUCCUCUAUCCUGACCCACAUUUCAAAAAGGCGAAACACAAGUGGAGAAUUAUCAACACGACCUUGCUCGCUGAGUACGCCUAUGUUUUGGCCGAAGGUGGCAGAGUGUACACAGUAACUGACGUUCAAGACCUGCACGAGUGGAUGGUAAAGCAUCUCAGCGAACACCCACUCUUCCGUCAACUCUCGCAGGAUCAGCUGGAUGAAGAUCCAGUUGUAGCCAAGAUCCUGGACAGCACAGAAGAAGGACAAAAAGUGACUCGAAACCAUGGAGAUAAAUUUUUGGCAGUAUUUGAGAGAAUAGCUGAUUCGUACAUCAAGAGUUAUGCCAUAGAAGAGUGCGAGAUGAUAACAGAAAACAGCUGACAUUAUAUUGGUGCCAGAGAGUUAUGAGGGUUGUUUUUAUUAUUAUUAUUAUUUGAUUUGACAUAGUUCUGUUAACUUAUACAAUAAGUUUUUACUCGUUUUUACAACCAGGAAUCUAAUUUGUUUUACUGUGCAUUUAUCUUUAACAUUUUUAUAACUCGUAAAUGUUAGAGCAUUGUAAUUUUAAAUAAAUGCUUUUUGGUUGUGUAAUUUUCAAUAGAUGUUGUGUUUGCCAUAAUAUGACUAAUGCAUGUGUAAAUACAAGAGUAUUAAAUUUCUAAGUUUUUACUGAAAAGUAUACAACCAUUUUGGACAAGUAUUUAGCUACUAUAAAAACAAUAUUUCUGUUUUAUACAACAAUUUAAACAGCUGAUUAAUCUUU